CAAAGACAGCAAAGGAGAUUGCAGUAAUGGCUAAUGCAGAGAACGGGGACGGGAAAACGAAACUCAUAUAAAUGCCGGAUUUGAACUCCAUAUUAAGCUGAGUUUCAGGGAUGUGUCUAAGGUCCGUCACUCCAAGACCAAGAGACCUGUCAAAGCUCUCUCUUCCUCUCUCUUUCUCUCUCUGGUUCCGAGUUCCAACAUCUGGGGGAAAAAGUAAAGUUUUCUGUGAGCUUCUCUGAGCAAGGUCUCUCUCUCUCUCUCUCUCUCUCUCAGUCUCAGUGUACUCUUGUGAGGUCGAGAAGGAAAAUAUGGUGAGAUCCUCGAGCUCCUGUUUCAAGGUUCUAACAUGCGGCAGGGAUUCUCUUGACAUAGAUGACUUUAAUCCAACGGAGAGCAAAGAAUCAACAGAUAAACGUGGAUGGAGUUUCAGGAAGAGAUCUGCCAGGCAUCGAGUGCUAAGCAACACUGUUAUCUCAGAAAACCCAUCAACUGGGAAUAAGGAGAGCCCAGCAUCAACUACAAUCACCGCCACUCCACAACCUAACUUAACUGUUCCUGAGAAAGUGUCUGUACCACCACAGACAAAAGAGAAACCUGAAUUGCCAACUGCAGCACACUCAAGAGAAACUGACCUCCCAAUUGCCACAGAGGUUGCAUGUAAAAUUGAUCGCAACCUAGAAGAAUCUGUUGCCAUUGUCAUCCAGGCUGCAAUCAGAGGAUACUUGGCACGGAGAGCUCUUUUGAAGCUUAAAACUGUUGUUAAGUUGCAAGCUGCUGUACGUGGGCAUUUGGUCCGGAGGCAGGCGGUGGGGACUUUACGUUGUGUUCAAGCAAUUGUCAAGAUGCAGGCUCUUGUGCGUGCUCGCCGUGCUCGUUUGUUAGUGGAAGGGUCAGUUAAUGAGAAAGAUGAACAGACUGUGAAGCCCGUGGGGAAGGAAGAUUUAGGAACGAAGCCAAAUCAAACUAACUCUUCCACUAAGAAACUGCUUAGCAAUGGUUUUGCUCGUCAGCUUUGGGAGUCAGCACCAAAGACAAAACCGAUACAUAUCAAAUGUGAUACUUCAGAAUCUAAUUCAGCUUGGAAUUGGUUGGAGAGGUGGAUGUCUGUAUCACCAUCAGAACUUGCACUCUCGGGUAAACCAGUAGGUCCUGAGAAUCAGGAGCAAGGAAAGAAUAUCAAGGCAUUUGCUGCUGAAGCAGUACCUGCUACACCAGCUGAAGUUGUCUCUGCGAUAGCCGAUUUAAAAUCUAAUAGCAGUGGAACAGCAGCGGCAGCUGAAACUGAAAAGAGCUUGAUCACUUGUGAUGCAGAUGACUUUGAUUUUCAAGCUGGCCAUCUAAACUGUUCAUCAAAAAGAGACGAUCUUGAUCAGCCUCAAAUUGAGGAUGGGAAUUUGGUCAAAGCUCAGAAUGCUGAUAACUUAGGCUUUCAGGAUAGUCAUUCAAACUGCCCAUCAAUAAAAGAUGACCAUGAUCAGCCUCGGGUUGAGGAUGGGGGUUUAAGAAAAUUGCAAGAGGCUUCUUCUAAGAUAGAUUCGUUUCCAAAUCAAACAGAGGAGUCUAGUGUGAUUUCUCAGAUGGUGCUCAAUUCUGUUUCUGAGAAGCCUGAGUUGAACAGUGAAGAACCAAAAUGUACUACUGUAGCAUCUGAACAGCUAGAGAUUGGGAGUAAAAAGUUUGUUUUUGGAUCAAGGAAGGUUUCUAAUCCUGCAUUUAUUGCAGUAAAGUCAAAAUUUGAAGAGCUGAGUUCAUCAGAAACAUGUCGGUCAAUCGGUUUAAUUAAUCCAGACUUUGGAACAGAAUCCAAAUUGGACAACCUUCCUUGUCCCGAAGAUUCGGUGACACAGACCAAGGAAUCAAGCCUAACAGAAAAUUCAAUCUCUUACGAUCCAAAGGUUCAGGUUGGUUCAGAAUAUGGAACCAAACUUUCUUUUUCCUCCACUCUUGAUUCCCCAGAUAUAUCUGAAGUUGGUGGUGGAGAACUUGAACAUGAAGCCAAAAUUGCAGAAAAAUGGGCUGAUGAUGUAAACAGUGUUGCUGGUAAUGUGCAUAAACUUCAAGCUCCGGAUCCGGAGGCCAAGAAUUUUUCGACGAAAAUCCCACUUUAUCUGUCCCAUGAUGCCUCUGGUCAUCCAGGUGAGGCUGAAGAUGUUAAUGGAGAAUCCAUUGAUCCAGUUGUAGCUGUAGACUCACCUGGGGUGGAGCAGCAGCCAGACAAAAGUGUGUCAGAUGUACAGGUUCAAAGGGACAGCAUCAUAGAUCAGCAAGUCUGCAAGUCAUCUCCAGAAGGAUCUCCGAGAAGCCACAUGACUGUCCCUGAAUCACAUGGAACGCCAUCGAGUCAGGUCUCAAUCAAAUCUAAGAAGGACAAAUUGGAUAGCAGUGGGUCGAACCAAAAUCGUAAGUCCAAGACAAAAAGCAAGAGGUCCACUUCAAAUCAGAAUGACUCAGGUGUUAGUAGUACGGAGCAAUUGUACAAGGACUCCAAAAAUGGGAAGCGGCACAUCUCGUUUGGUUCAGCAAGAUCUGAUCCCAUCGACCAGGAGAGAAGAGACAGUAGCAGUAGCAACUCCCUCCCCAGUUACAUGCAAGCUACAGAAUCUGCCAAGGCCAAGGCCCAACAUGCACAAAAUUCUCCAAGGUCAAGUCCAGAUGUCCAAGACAAGGAUGUUUACAUCAAGAAGCGACAUUCCCUACCCAAUUUGGAUGGAAAGCAGGGUUCCCCUCGUAUGCAGCGUACGACAUCACAACAGGUUGUGAAGGGAAAUGGAACACAUUCUCCGCAUGAGAGAAAAUGGCAAAAAUAUUAAUUAAUAACUCUGAGAGGCCGUCAACGCAGAGUUGGUGAAGACAUUUGAUCAGCCUUUCCUCAUGAGCAUCUAUAGUAGAGACUGAUGUUCUAGCUUGGGAUUUCUGGAUUUUGUUCUGUCUGCACAUUAGGUUUGCCCUGUUUGAGGUGUGUGUGUGUGGGAUGGGCAGGGGGAGAUGGAGGGACACAGGAUUGAGGAUUUUAUGUACAGAAGUGGUGUCUUAAAAAUUCCUGCCAUGAGGUUUGCUUUUAUUUGUUGUCUUGUAUCCCCUUUUUAUAUCCAGAGUUACAUUACAUGUAAGAUGAAGAGUUUCAGAGGACCUUGGAGUUAUUGAAAUGAGCUGAAAUAUUCCUUUUGCUUCA